AUGGCCGAUCAAAAGGUUGCUAGCAACAUGAGUACCUCUGCGGCUUCUGGGGCCUUGCGCGGCGCCUCGCUGCUCAUACUGCUCCAGAUAGCUUCGCGGGCCAUCACUUUCAUCGCCAAUCAGCUGCUACUCCGAUUUUUGACAGCACAACUUCUUGGCAUUUCAACCCAGCUCGAGGUCUACUACUUAUCAGUGCUAUUUUUUGCACGCGAGAGUCUCCGGGUCGCCAUACAGCGGCAGGGUGGAACAAAUAAGGACAAGACCUCUCAGGCUCGCGACGCCCAAGCUGUUGUCAACCUUUCGUACCUGUCAAUCUUGUUGGGUGUCUUUGUAGCAGGGCUUCUUGGCUGGCUAUACGUGACAUCCCUGAGCAACGAGACGACAGCUUCGGCACCGCACCUCAUAAUCUCGCUCUACAUUUACGCCGUGGCUUCCAUUGUCGAGCUCCUUUCAGAGCCAGCAUUUAUGGUGAUGCAGACGAGGUUGCAAUUCGGCGCCCGAGCAGCUGCUGAGUCCAUUGCUACCUUUUCUCGCUGUGCAGUCACCCUUGGCUUUGCUGUCGUUGCCUCACGUGGUGCUUUCGAGGCUGGGGUUCUGCCUUUUGCUCUUGGACAGCUCAGCUAUGGGGUCACUCUCUUGGUUGUUUAUGCCUACUACGGCUUAUCCCUAGCCAGCGUUGAAGGCUUUUCGCUGUUGCCCAAGAAGCUGGAAGUGCACUCAACGAAGGACAAGAAAAGCAAAGAUGAGGGCUUUGUUCUUUCCCUCUUUCCCCGACCAACACUCAACUUGGCCCGCAGCAUGAUUGCUCAAAGCUUGGUCAAGCAUAUUCUCACCCAAGGCGACACGCUUUUGGUGAGCGCACUCGCCUCACCCACAUCUCAGGGCGUAUACGCCUUGGCCAACAACUAUGGCGGAUUAGCAGCACGCCUCGUGUUUCAACCCGUAGAGGAAAGCAGUCGAUCCUACUUUAGCAGGCUUCUCGCAUCGUCCUCACCCGACAAGGAGUCUGACAAGGCAAAUCUACGCAAAGAGAAAAAGGCCGCCGCCGAAAAGGCUAGUGCAGACCUCACAAUUCUCAUCAAGUUGUACACCACUUUCUCGGCUGUUGUCGUAGCCAUUGGCCCUACAGCAGCACCACUGCUCAUCAGCCUGGUGGCUGGUCCCCGCUGGGCAUCGUCAGGCGCCGGCGCCGUACUAGCCGUAUAUGCGCUGUACAUCCCGCUGCUUGCCCUGAAUGGCGUCUCCGAGGCUUUCGUCGCUUCUGUCGCCACCGAGUCCGAGGUACAUGCCCAGAGCCUAUGGAUGGGUGCGUUUUCGCUCGCUUUUGCCGCAGCUGGUUUCGUGUUCUUGCGGGUCCUUGACUGGGGAGCCAGGGGACUGGUCGUCGCCAACGCGAUCAAUAUGGUCUGUCGCAUUCUUUGGUGCGCAGUAUUCAUCAAACACUACUUUGGAAGGCUCGGUAUCAAGUUUGAACUGUCCGAACUGAGGCCCAGCGGCAUGACUGUGGGCGCUGCUGUGGUUACCAGUCAGGCUGUUGCCCGUCUGAGUGGCCCUGAUGUUGCUGGUCUAGCAGUACGAGGCGUGCUUUUUGCGCUCAUCAAAAUCGCGUCCCUAGGGGUCGUCUUCAUUGCGGUAGUUGCGGUCGGAGAACGACAGUUCCUCAUGCAAUGCGUAGAGAAGGCUCGUGGACAACGCCAGAGAUCGACGGCAAAGCAAUAA